AUUAUACGUCGGGCGCCGGUCGAGCCCGUCCGGUCCGGCGCGCGCUGUGGCGAGAGGCUCCGGGAGCUAGGAGACGACCUUGUCCCGGGCGCUGUGAUUCGUGGAGACGUGCCGCCGUAAAAGCGCCCGGCCCACUCGUACCUGCGCGAGGGGCCAGUCUCUCGUCUCCGCCGCACUUCUCCCGCCGGACUAGCCACAGAAGGUCACCAUGCUGCUCCGACUAGUGCUGCUGGUGCUGCUGGUGACCCUGGUGGCCGGGCAGCAGUCCACCUUCCAGAGGCAACGCGAGGCCAUCAGAAAGACGCAGCGAUUCGGCGCCAACCGAUUCGGCUUCAACCGGAGGAGGCCGACCACGACCACCACAACUACCACUACCACCACUACUACGGCCAAGAGCGACGACUCGGGCACCCUGCUGGAGCCGCCGAUCCCUGCGCUCUGUGCCAAACGUCCCAAGCACUGGAAGCUGGGCAACCACUGGUACUUCUACUCGGCCGACGAGCCCGAGUUCCAGGAGAUAGAUGAGAAGACCCAGGAGACGGUCGGCAAGCGCUACAACUGGCUGGAGGCGCGCAACCUGUGCAGGCACUACUGCAUGGACAGCAUCAGCGUCGAGACGGAGCCAGAGUGGCAGAUGGUUAAGCGCAACAUCUCAGAGAGGGGCAUUAUCUACCUGUGGUCGUCCGGUCGUCUGUGCGACUUCAAGGGCUGUGACGUGCGCGAGGACCUGAAGCCGCUCAACAUCAACGGCUGGUUCUGGUCGGGAAGCAACGUCAAAAUGGCGCCCACCAACUCGACGCCCCCAGGCUGGUCCGAGCAGCCGUGGUCGCAGACGGGCCAUCUGAAGAAACCUCAGCCGGACAACGCCGAGUUUACCAUUAACCAAACCAACGAGCCGUGCCUCGGACUGCUCAACGGCAUCUACAACGACGGCGUGUCGUGGCACGACAUCGCCUGCUACCACCGCAAGCCCGUCUUCUGUGAGGAUAACGAGUCGCUGCUGCAGUACGCCCGCGCCGUCAGCCAGAGGGAUAACCUCGGCCUGACCAUCGAAUAGAGACGCAGCGCGGUCCCGUCAGGCGGAGACUGAACAUCUACAGAGCGCCGUCCGGUAUCGUCAGCCGCUGGAGAGCACAGCAGUCCACGCCGGCAGCCCAGCGGGGCGGUCCGCGGCGGGCCGAUCGAACAAAGACAGACGGUGCGAGACCGCCGGGCGGGGCGCCGCGACCUGCUUACGUGCACGGCGAGAGUGGAACAGAGUCGUUUGGCAACGCGCCGCGGACGGUGCGUGUUUUGUGCGCGAUUGCCCAAUGAUGGCGUUGUAUGAACCUUGGCAGCUGCUACCUUUUUGCGCUUGGGCUGAAAAUAUAUGCGGGUCAAGCA